UCUCGGAAGCUGGGCAGAGAAAGGAACACGUAAGAUGUGUCGCGUCGCAGCCUUGUUCGUGACGGUGGUGCUGGCAGUGGCUUCGGCUGCACCCGAUGCCGGCUACGUCAUCCCCACCCCCCCUACCCCCCCUUGCAACCCGAAGACCGAGUACAUCACCAAGUACAAGGAGAAGGUGCAGCAGGUCCCUGUGAAGCACACCGUGUUCAAGACCAACCUGGUGCCCACCACUGUCCUCCAGACCGACUACUCCGAGGUGCACAGCGUGUUGGUGAAGCCUCACUUCGUCCCGCAGUACAUUACCACCACCAGGACCAUCCAGCAGGUCCAGAGGGUGACCAAGCACGACAGGCUGACCAGCACCCUCCUCAAGACCAACGUCGUGACCAAGCAUGAGGUGAAGCCCACCGUCGUGCGUGAGACCGUCUUCGACACCGUGGUCAAGGUCCAGCCGCAGGUGAGCACCGUCACUAAGGUGCAGACGGUCCCUCAGUACGUCCCCACCACCGUGGUCGACUACAGGGUCAUCACCAGCACCAAGGCCAUUCCCAAGAUCAUCACCCAAGUGUCCACCUACAUCGACUACGUGACUGUGUGUCCACGACGAGGGUACUAAAGCAUGAACGAGCGGAAGUGUCCCCGACUGCCAUGCUAUAAAGAAAACUAAAAAAUUACGUCGUGAUUUCUGCAUUUUCUGUAUGCUUUCGAGGACUUGUACAGGCAUGCACAAAGGCACGGCUUUUUAAUUUUAUUUAUUUAUGCAGUGGAAUACUUGUAACAAUAAAAUACACGUAAAUUAUCAAUAAAAA